AUGAUUUCUUUGAAUUCAGCCAAUUGUGAUUGGUCUCAUAAGUAUAUCAACUACGAUAAAUUGACGGAUACCCAGAUUAAGAUUCUUGGGCUUCCGUUCUUAGGGGAUCUUUAUGAGCAUUAUUUCGUAAAAGAAGAUGCUGAACUAUAUCCGGAUCCCAAAGAUAUCAGAAUUUUGGCCAUUGGUGACCCUCAGAUCAAUGGUAACUGGCCGAUAACUCCCUACAUUAAGCGACUCGAUAACUAUGCCAAUGACUACUACAUUGGGCAUAUUUACAAUAUGAUGAAGCCACGGUUGAAUCCAACGCAUGUGGCUGUUAUGGGGGACAUGUUUUCGUCGCAAUGGAUUGGAGACUCGGAAUUCUAUAACAGGACUGGAAGGUUUAUGAAUCGUCUUUUUCCAAGACCGAUAAAUCAGACGUUUGCCGAGCUUGAUUUUAUUGCCAAGCAUGAAGAUGCCGAUUGGGAAAGCCAUUUUGGUUGGUUUAAUAAGCAGUUGCACGAGGGAAAGUUUGCAAGGGACGAUCUCUAUGGAUAUGAAAACGUGAGGGAUUGGUCGUCGGCUAACUUGACUACAGAGCCGUUGUUCAUAAAUAUUACGGGAAAUCACGACAUUGGUUACGGAGAUACCACUUAUCAGCAUAUGUGUCGAUGGAGAAUUUUGUUUGGCAAGGACAAUUACUGGAUUGAAUACGAUAACGAUACUGAUCAUCCAUGGAGAAUUGUGGUUUUAAACUCUUUGGCAUUGGAUGGUCCUCUUUUACAGCCUGAAUUCCAAGAAUACGAAUGGCAGUUUGUCGAUGCUCUUGCCAAUAAAUCAUACAAUGGAACAACCAUUUUAAUGACACAUAUUCCAAUGUAUAAGCGUGAAGGAUUAUGCUCUGAUGGACCCUAUGUGGAUUACUUUAACAAAACCAACUGUCCUCCCGGAGCCAAUUGUAGGCUGGGAUUGUUGAAAUCUGAGAAUCAUCUUCAGUAUGAGACAUCACAGAGAGUUCUAAAUGCUGCGUUCAAAAACAGUUCUGGCAUUAUUAUGACCGGUCAUGAUCAUGUUGGAUGUGUCAAUUAUUACAACUACGACUCUGAGACAAAUAUUUGGGAAGCCUCUAAAGAUAUUACUUCCCCUAAGCAUAUUAGAGAACUUACUGUGCGAUCUAUCAUGGGAGAAUUCGAUGGUAACACUGGAAUUGUGACUGGUCACUUCAAUUAUACUGCUCACAAUUGGGACUUUGACUACACCACUUGUCCAUUUACUAUCCAACAUGUUUGGUGGGGAGCUAAGGUGUCUUUGGCAUUGGCUAUUCUUCUUCAAACCUUAACUCUUUUUUUCUAG